AUAAUUUAGAUUAGAUCUAUGUUGAUAAUUUUGAAAAAUUUUAUGUUUAUGAAAUAUCCGAAUCUUUUGUGUGAUAUAUUUGUGGAAUUUUUCGUAGUGCACUAUAUACUUUUGAUUUCUCGUAUUCAUAAAAUAAAAAUAUUAAUUUUGUAGAAUAAUGAAUUUUCAAAGAACGGAGGUCCAUCUGGGACCAAUUGUUCCCGAUGUAUUAGUAUUGGGACCCAGCGAACAUCGUUGUGAUAGGGUGUGGCAAGACCGUGAAUUUGGCGACGUACUGGUGAAAUGUGUGAAAUUUUUUGGUAGCUUGAGGGAAGGAUUUGGUGUUGAGCGUCAUCCACGAGUUGUGGAUAUAUUGCGUGAAUAUGGAUUUUACGAAGUUGAAAGAAUAUCUAAGUUACAAAUAGAUUGGGCUUUGAUUACCGCCUUAGUGGAGAGGUGGAGGCCGGAGACGCACGCCUUUCAUCUUCCGUUUGGAGAGGUUGGGAUCACAUUACAGGAUGUAGAUGUCCUACUUGGUCUUCCCGUAGAUGGCACCCCGGUCGUUGGUUCGCAUGGCAACACCAAAGAGUAUUGGGCCCAAUUGUGUUCAGAUAUGUUGGGGUUUAGGCCAUCUUUAGAGGACGUGACCAAGACACAAAUCAAAAUGAAUGCGAUCGUACUCAUUCGUAUUGGUGAUCAUAGCCCGGAGGUCGACUUUCGGCAGCAUGUUCGGGCAUUGAUGUUGAAGAUUAUGGGUGGUGCUCUGUUUGCUAGCACGACGGGUAACAAGGUGAACUUGUGCCUUUUGGAGUUGCUCGUUGGCACAACGCAAGAAGUCCGAAGUCGCACUAUAGGCUCCGCGGCAUUGGCUUGCCUUUACAGUAAUUUGUGUCGUGCAACGCUAUCAGAUACGGCACAAAUUGGGGGGCCUCUCAUUCUAUUACAGAUUUGGGCAUGGGAGCGCAUCCCGAUGUGUAGACCGCAGGGCGUACUUCCACCCGAGUAUGGGAGAGAUGCACCUUAUGGGGCGAGGUGGGUUUGUUAUCAUCGUUGGACAGUGUCACCGUCUCAUACCAUUCGACCGUACAGGGACCAGUUACACAACCUACAGGAGAGAGAGUUCGUUUGGAUGUCAUACCCCGAUUUCCAGCAUUUGCAUCCUCACUACACCACAGGGUUCGCAAUAUGGUGUGCACGUGUUCCGUUGAUAUCCUUUAUAUAUAUAAAGCAGACUCCGAGCUAUAAGAACGUGACAUUUGGCAGUGCUAAAGAGCGACAUGUGGCAAAAUCGGCCGAUCGAACCAUUCCUGCACCUGGAUAUUCACACCCAUCCAAAUAGCUAUCUCCUGGUGUAUUAUUGUAGUGUACUUACAGGAGCAAAAUAUAUGAUUGACAUCUUCUUCAUGUUGUCCACAGAGAACACAUUUUGUGUCAAUCUGUAGGAAUUUACUUAGUCUGCUUUUUGUUUUUGUUUGUAACCUCCCCUUCCAGGACAGCCAAGCUAUAACUUGGUGUUUUGGUUGGGUCCAGUUAUUCCACACUGCAUUAGCCCAACUCACCUUUGGUUUCUCACCCAUGAGCCAUUUAUAUCCUUCUUUGAUAGUAUACUCCUCCUUCAUGGUCAUGUUUUUGAAUUCAGUCCUCAGCUUCAGUAGUUUUUUCCAGUAAAAGCAAGUGUCCCCU